AGCUUUGGAUUUGGGCUUCUGGAGGUGGUACUGGCCUAGCCACUAUAGGACUUGGGUGGGGGCAGGGGGAGGAAGGAUCAUAGAUCGCUCUUACCAGGAUAGGGGAUUGGAGUCAGUCCUGUGAGAAGCAAUAAACUCCAAGGAGAUUGGCCUCUGUCUACUUAGCCCCUAAAUCUGAAUGGACCAAAUAGAGCCCAGAGAGGAAACUGGCCAUUAAAACACUCUUAAGACUCCAUUAUAUACCUCCCAACAGCAGCUGUGGGGAGGAGGAAGAAGACAGCUCACCAGAGAGAAGGCCAGGCCUCUGAACCCUUCCUACUGUAAGCCCUGUCUGGGGUGGUUCUUGGUAUUAGGUUCUGUGUCUACACAUUGUGCGUGUGUGUGCGCGCGCACGCGUGUGCGUGUGCGUGUGCGUGUGUGUGUGUGUGUGUGUGUGUGUGUGUGUGUGUGUGUGUGCAGGCAUGCGUGCACACACAUAUGGGCUCAAGAGGACUUGAGAAGUCCUGGCUGCCUGUAGGAGAAUGCUGUGCUCAAGGCCCUGACAUUAAGUGGGUAAUCCCAAGGCCUCAGAAAACUGACCAGAGGGGGCUGUCCUUGUGAAGCUGACAGCAAUGGGGACCCUCUCCUCCCCCUACCCCCGGGUUAUCUGGUAUGACUGGUCACUGGGCCUUUCUAGAAUUUUAGUUUUGAUUCUCUAACAGAGAAGAUUCUGGGAAGAGGAAGGAAGAAAGAGAAACUAAGAGGGAAGAAUUAUGAGGCAGCGUAAGCUGGGGCAGCCCCGGGUGAGGCAGUGGGCUGGGUAGGGAAGCUAGACCGCUCUGACUUACUGGAUGUUUACCACGUGUGGCUUUGGAUGAAUUGUUGGCUCCUUGGACCCUGGCAUAUCAGGGUGUUGUGAUGGUGAUCUGGGUCGGCUCCUGAAGAGCAUAGAGUCUGACCUAUGGGGAGUGCCUAGUGCAAGCCCUUCCGUGCCUUAUUGUCCUGGCCUGUAAAGUACAAAGCACUGAGUUCAUGCUCCCACCCUGUCAAUGUUGAUGAGCAGUUGGGGAGUGGGCUGGGCCAGGCCAGCUUCUAGGGACCACCCAUGAAGGGUCUUAGCAGACUGUAAGUGUGUCUUUGUGUGUAUAUGGUGUGAAUAUCUAGGCGAUUUGCAUAUAUGUAUGGUACGAAUGUAUAUUAGCACGCGUGUGUGAGCAAGCAGGUAUGUAAGAAUGUGUGAGUGUGAGCACAUGAAUUUAUGGCUUUUAAAAAUAUGUCAUUUCUUUUACUUAUUUAUUUUAUGUAUAUGAGUCCACUGUCGCUGUCUUCAGACACACCAGAAGAGGGCAUCGGAUCCCAUUACAGCCACCAUGUGGUUGCUGGGGACCGAACCCAGGGCCUUGUGCUUCCUAGGCAAGCGCUCUACCAUUGAGCUAAAUCCCCAACCCCCCAGCACCCACUUUUAAUUGCUGAACCAUCUCGGUAGCUUCAAGAGCAUGUGCCUGGACACAUGACACAGUAUGUAGGCAUGUGUGAUUGUGUCUGUAGGUAUGUGUGAUUGUGGAUGCAUGUGUGGUUCAGUUCCUAAGAGAACAAAAAUGCCUUAGUUACUUUCCAGUGGCUGGAACAAAAACCAGGAUCAAGGCAACUCAUGAAAGAAAGUACUUAAUCUGGAGCCCACGGUUCCAGAGGGUCAGAGUCUGGGACCAUCCUGCAAGAAGCUCGGUAGCAGGUAGACAGCAUGGCCCCGGAGCAGUAGCUGAGAGCUCUCAUCUGAUACAAGUACAGGGCAGAGAGGGUUAAGUGGGGAUUGCAUGGGACUUUUGAAACUUCAAAGCCCACACCCAGCGACACACAUCCUAGAACAAAGCCACACCUCUUAGAUCCUUCUUAAACGGUUCUACCAACUGGUGACCAAGCGUUCAAAUAUAUGAGCAUUUGGGGGCCGUUCUCAUUCAAACCACCACAAUGAGUAUAUGUGCAUGUGUAUGUGUCAUAUGAGGGUUAAGUAUGAGAUCAUGGGUUGGGGAUUUAGCUCAGUGGUAGAGCGCUUGCCUAGCAAGCAUAAGGCCCUGGGUUCGGUCCCCAGCUCCGAAAAAAAGAAAAAAGAAAAAAAAAAAGAAUAAGUGUCCUUCACGCAGGUGGGAACAUAUCUGCAGGUGUCAGGGGCUGUCAGAGCCCAGAGCUUCAUAGGCUAUACCCUGAGUUCAUGUAUUGGCUCGUAUAUGCAUGUAUGUAUGCACAUGUGUCAAUGUGCAUACACGUACAUCAUGUGAGUGUAACACCUGUGAUGUUAACCAGGUGUGCAGAGCCUUGUAGGUGAUGACUACUCACCCCUGUAGGUUCAUAGAGCCCCGAGGCAGGUACAAGCCAUAGAGCUUACCUCUGAAAUUGUUCGGGCUGCCAUUGUGGCACAGAGUGGCUUUUAUUGGGUGGUUCAGUCGGUAUCCUCUAGCAUCCUCUGGAAACAGGGUCCCCUGAAUAAGAUCAAUUAUGAGAAGGGCUGGGAGGAAGAUGUACACAGAAGCAGUGAUACGUGACUUGGGGAAUGUGUGGCAGGGAUCCAGUCUCCCUGGUGUGUAUGCAAGCACAUAAACGUACAGGCUCAAAUGCAUGUCCAUACAUGCACACACGAACAAGGAUUGCACAGCUUCUACGUGGUCUCAUGGGCUCUAGCCACAACCACUCAUUUGCACAUAUCCACAGCCCUGGUGUGGGGCCGGGGAGAGGCCUGCAGCUACGAGUAAAAGGAUUCACGAAGCACAGUGAACCUGGCAAAUGAGUCCUGACCCUGUUGCCCCAGCCUCCUCCUGAGGAGGGAUUUGUUGCUAUGCUUCAGAGGCCUGGACUCUUCCAUAUCUCCUCUGUUGCUAAGGACUCAGUUGAAGAUGAGGGCAAGGUGGGCUUUUCACUGUCUCCACACUCUCCCUCAAAACUCUCCUCCACAGUGACUCAACCCACCCAGGCUGCUGUUCCUACAGAGAAGGGGACUGAGCAUCCCCAACCCACGAACCGUCAGCUCCCCAGUAUUUAGGAGUUGAAUUGUGCUCUUAGGUCCCUGGAGCUGGGGUGGUGCUGUGGGGACUGAGGUGGCUAGCUCGUCAGCGAGUGGCUAAGAGUCUUCUUUGUCCACAGGCAAGCCAGGAGUUCUUUAGUUUCUCUUCAGUUUUCCCAGGCACAGACGACGCUGGAGUCUGUAAGCUGGGCUGAAACUCUCCAGGAACUCUAGCACAGCACGGUAGUCACCCUCGGGUGCCACAUCCUCUUUCUGCUCCUGGAUUGGCGAUUGGGUUCCUGAGCAGGGUCAGCUGGUGUCAGGCAGGGCUCAUCUGGAGGGGUUGUGAUCCCAGUUCUGUCUCUGAAGUGAGAACGCCUGGGAGAGAUGAGGCCGAGUAUCGCUCUCUCUCCUGACACCCUCUCCAAGGUUGCUCACUGGCCACCUACGAGCUUUCAUUCUGCCCGAAGCAGGGUGGUAGCUGGGCCUUCUCCUGCUGGCCACUGAAUUGAAAAAAGAUGGGGCUGAAACUGCUUUACUCUUGCACUCAACCCCACCCAUGCAUUGAGCCAGGAGGAGGUUGGCUCAUCUUUCCUUGUAGCAGCUCCAGACAGAUCAGAGCAGGGCUGUGUCAGCUCCCUUCAGCAAUCCUCAGCCCAAACACCCACCGGGAACAAGAGUCUAUUUAACUUGGGGCACCGGGGAUUCCCACUCUGUGCUGGGCCCAAAACCUAAGCUUGAGGGAUAAUGAUGACCUACUAUGGCUGGGGUCAGGUAGAGAGAAGCUGUGUCACUAGCUACCAGUAAUGGGCAACUACUCAGGAGAAGGAACACUGAAACUCACUUGUUCCCGACUUGUUGCUAGUACAGCCUUUCACCAUGCAAAAUCCACUUAUUAGUCCUGAUAAUUUCUAACUUCCUUGGAGUUUAUGCUGCAUAAGCCAUCUAGUCAUUGCUUAGGGUUUGUUUCUGUUUGUUUGUUUUCUUAUCUUGACUCUUGAUUUCUGUCUGGGCACCAAAUGUAUGUAGUGCUUGUGGAGGCCAGAGGAGGCCAUUGAAGCCCCUGGAUCUGGAGCCACACACAGAUGCGAGCUUCCUUGUGGGUGCUGGAUCCUCUGCAAAGGCAGUGGGGCUCCUUGCCACUAAGGAGCCUCUUCAGCCCGACAUUCAGUUUCUUUUUAUCAUAAUGCAGUUGCCUUGACCACACUUUCAGUACAAUGUUGAAAAGCAGCAAUGGAUCAGACAUCCUUGCGUGGUUCCUGCCUUUCAGGAAACUGAAAAUGGUCAGCCUCUCACCUCCAGCUGUAAUACUGUAGGCUUUUCUUAGACACCCUUUGUUAGGUUUAGAACAUGUUCCCUUCUGUUUCUUUUUCUUUUUUUAGAUUUAUUUACUUGUUUUAUGUAUAUGAAUACACCGUCACUGUCUUCAGACACACAAGAAGGUGGCAUCAGAUCCCAUUACAGAUGGUUGCGAGCCACCAUGUGGUUGCUGGGAAUUGAACUCAGGAUCCCUGGAAGAGCAAUCAAUGCUCUUAACCACUGAGCCAUCUCUCCAGCCCCGUUUCUAGUUUCUUUAUUAUGAAGAUUUAGAUAACAGCAAAUUCUUUUUCUGUAUCUUUUCAGAUGAUCGUGUGGUUUUGUUCUUUAAUCAAUAUGGUGCAUUAUAUUAAUUGUAUUCAACUAUUAAAGCAACCUUGGAUUGCUGGGAUAAAUCCCCCUUGUUCAUGUUAUAGAACAUUUUCUUAUGUGGCGUUGUGUUCAGUUUGAUGGCAUCUUGUGGAGAAUGUUUAUGCUUAUAUCCAGAAGUGGGUUUGGGGCUGGGGAUAUGGGAUAUGGGAUUGGUAGAUCCCUGUCUAGUUUCAAUCCACAGCACUGUUUAAGCCAGGUAUGGUCAUCCUAGCACUUAGGAUGUGGAGGCAGGGAAAUCAGAAGUUCAAGGUCAUCCUCAGCUACGUAGCUAGUUCAAGGCCAGCCUGAGUCAUGUAAGAUUCUGUCAUAAAAGAAAAACAAAAACAAGCAAACCAACCUCAGAGAAUUAAUGUUCUGUCUUGUGAUAGCUUUACCUGGGUUUUGGUAUUGGGGUGAUACUGGCCUCAUGGCUUUGGUUUUAUGUUUUUUGGGUGAAUUUGUAUAUGGUUAGUGUUCUUAGAAUCUAAUAUUUAAUGGCUAAAUUACUUGAGUUGCAACAGCAGGCAGUGGGAACAACCUGGACUAAGGUGAAUUCUUAUGGGCUUAGGUUAGUAGGGUCUGUGCGCAGAGACAGAGACCCAGAAGGUGGGGACAGAGCAAAGCACAUACCAAAGGUUGAAAGUAGGGGUAGGACUGAAUUAGGAGGUGCCAGAGUGUUGCCAGGUGUGAGUAUACAGCAGUAAUACUAGUCCUGGGGGGGGGGGCUGAGGCAGGAGCAUCCCAAGGUAGAGGAAAGCCAGGCUACAGAGUGAGAUCUUCUUUAACACCCUCCCCACACCCCACACACCCCCAGGCAGGACUGUGUCUGUGGUAUUUAGACUAAAGAUGUGAUGGGAAUGGUGUGUUGGCAGGAAGGCAAGGGAAGGACAUUGUUGGAAGCUGGGAGAGGCGUGGCCUGCUCAGAGGCAGUAGAGAGGGGGGACCUGUAGUGCAGGGUGGUUGGAAGGAGGAGGCAGCUUAGUGUUCUGGGUAAGAAGGCAGGUGCUCCUCCAGGAACCAAUGCAGGCAGCCAGCCAGCCUCUUGGAGAGAGAAAGCUGCAGGGACCUCAAGGCUGCACCUAGUGGGAAGGGGCCAGCAGAGCUUGCCUAAUCUAGAGGCUUGGACUCCAGGGAGAAGAACGUAGAUUGGACAGCUGGGUGGGAAUGAAGCCUGAGGAACAUUACCAGAGCUCCUCAGAAGGGCAAGGGUGCUGCCUUCUGUCUCAGGCAGUCCAUCUUGGGGCAGCCUGUAUUGUAUGGGAGAUGGAGGAGGAAGGAUGCCUAGGAGAUCAACAGGUCUUUACCAACCUUAGGCAGCCAGGAACACUCUUCUGGGACUGACACCCAAAAGAGCCCAAGUAGGUGAGAGCUGCCAAGGGCUGGACCCCCUGCUCCUUGGGGGGAAUUCUGUCCCAAGGGAGACCCAUGGAGUGGACAUUGGCAAGGUAACAUGGUACCCUAUUUCCUCUGCUCAUAUCCAAGGCACAAACUGGGUGUCGAUCCACAAGCGGGGACUUUGGGAUCCUCAGGUGUUGGGAAUAUGAACGGGACUUCCUCAUUCGCCUUGGUGGCUUCCUUGUUUGUCUAGAUGGCUCUUAAUUCUGGACUGUAUAGGCAUAAGUUUCUAAGUUUCCACUUCUUGUAGCCCACCACCCUCAGUGCAGUGGGUGGAGAAGCUGACGUGUGGAGGGGCGGGUCCGCUUCCUCACCUGGCCCCUAGCCCUUACUCCUCCGCCCGCGAGGGGAGGAGCCAGUGGCCGCUCCGGCCUGGGGCUCUACGAGCUAUGGCGGGCUCUGGGUCGCGGCCCCGGAGCUGGGGCUGGCGGGAGACGGGCUCCAGGGAUGAGGCUGCGUCUGGUGGGCCCGGCUCUGGACAAUGUCGCUGUUCACAGGGUAGACGGGCACUGGCCGCCCCCCGGAAGCCCGCUGUGCCCGCCGCGUGGACACCCUUCAUGGAGGCUGAGGAAAUGCAUUGGCCUGUCCCCAUGAAGGCCAUUGGUGCCCAGAAUUUGCUGACUAUGCCUGGUGGUGUGGCCAAGGCUGGUUACUUGCACAAGAAGGGUGGCACCCAGCUGCAACUGCUCAAAUGGCCCCUCCGCUUUGUGAUCAUCCACCAGCGCUGCAUCUACUACUUCAAGAGCAGCACAUCUGCCUCCCCGCAGGGCGCCUUCUCACUGAGCGGCUACAACAGAGUGAUGCGGGCAGCUGAGGAGACCACAUCCAACAAUGUCUUCCCGUUCAAGAUCAUUCACAUCAGCAAGAAACACCGCACGUGGUUCUUCUCAGCCUCCUCUGAGGACGAGCGCAAGAGCUGGAUGGCCAUGCUACGCAGGGAAAUUGGCCACUUCCAUGAGAAGAAGGAACUACCUCUGGAUACCAGCGACUCUAGCUCAGACACGGACAGCUUCUAUGGUGCAGUUGAGCGACCUAUAGAUAUCAGCCUGUCUUCAUAUCCCACAGACAACGAAGAUUACGAACAUGAGGAUGAAGAAGACUCGUACUUGGAGCCUGAUUCCCCGGGACCCAUGAAACUUGAAGAUGCCCUGACCUAUCCACCAGCCUACCCACCACCCCCUGUACCUGUACCUCGGAAGCCAACCUUCUCUGACUUGCCCCGUGCCCACUCUUUCACCUCCAAAAGCCCAAGCCCCUUACUGCCACCCCCACCUCCUAAGCGAGGCCUUAUGGACACUGGCCCUGCCCCUGAGGAUGCUAAGAAGGACCCCCUGGGCCUGAGGCGAGUAGAGCCUAGCCUCAGGGUGCCUGCUACCCCUCGGAGGAUGAGUGACCCCCCAGUGAGCAACGUACCCACUGUGCCCAACCUCCGGAAACAUCCUUGCUUCCGAGACAGUGCGAAUCCUGGCCCAGAACCCUGGACCCCUGGCCACGGGACUAGCUCUGUCUCCAGCUCUACCACCAUGGCCAUUACCACCUCUAGGAACUGUGACAAACUCAAGUCAUUUCACCUGUCUUCCCGAGGGCCACCUGCAUCUGAGCCCCCACCUGUGCCUGCCAAUAAACCCAAGUUCCUGAAGAUAGUUGAAGAAGCUUCUCCAAGGGAAGCAGCCAAGUCUGCACCUGUGCCCCCUGUGGCCCCCAGGCCUCCGGUGCAGAAGAUGUCCAUGCCUGAGGUUACCGUUCGGCCUGCAGUGCUGCCUAGACCAGAGAAGACACCUCUUCCCCACCUCCAGCGAUCCCCUCCGGAUGGACAGAGUUUCAGGGGCUUCUCCUUUGAAAAGGCCCGUCAGCCCUCACAGGCUGACACUGGCGAGGAGGACUCAGAUGAAGACUAUGAGAAGGUGCCGCUGCCUAACUCAGUGUUUGUCAACACCACAGAGUCCUGCGAGGUGGAAAGGUUGUUCAAAGCCACAAACCCUCUCGGAGAGCCUCAGGAUGGGCUGUAUUGUAUUCGGAACUCCUCUACCAAGUCAGGGAAGGUCUUGGUCGUGUGGGAUGAAUCUUCAAACAAAGUGAGGAAUUAUCGCAUCUUUGAGAAGGAUUCUAAGUUCUACCUGGAAGGUGAGGUUCUGUUUGCAAGUGUGGGCAGCAUGGUGGAGCACUACCACACCCACGUGCUGCCUAGCCACCAGAGCCUGUUGCUGCGGCACCCGUACGGCUACGCUGGGCCCAGGUGACAUCAUUUCACACAGCUGUUGGGUGGAAGCAUCCACAGGGCCACAGCCCUGCCACAUAGAUGGAGACCGGCUUGCAUGGGAAGAUGAACAGGAGUGGCCUUGAUGUCAGACACCUAGCCUCAGUGAGCAGGCUGGGUUCCAGGCUGGAGCAGGCCACAACUAAAGGACUGGUGGAUGACUUGACCCAUCCAGCCCCUCCACGGCCCACCUCUCAAGAACCCAGGUCUGGUGCUAAGUGCUGCCUGGGUUUUGAUGGCACAAGAGCUAGUCUCUAUUACAUGCCCACUCUGGAGUGGGCUGGGACCAAGCAAGGCUGGGUUAGUUGAAUGGUACCUAAGCCUUGUCCCGGGACCCAUAGGAAUGCUAAGACAUAGGAAUGCUCAAGGAGGGGCCAUUGCCUCUCUAUAAAUCAGAGAUGACCUUUGUCUCAAAUGACCAGGGCUUGAUUGGCACAGAGCAGGCAGCAGGCUCUACUGAGCACCACCAGUGUCCAGGUAGAGAGCUACCAGAGGCAGCCCUAAUGGGUGGUCUUUAGUCUUCCAGGGCACAGGCUGCUGAGGGAGCUAACUGGAUCCACCUGGAUCUCUCAGUCUUGCCUGGAGCCUGACCUUGAAAGGCCCAGUUAGCAGUUAUUAACCACCUAUGUGACUGGCCUGGUGCUGGAGCUGGUUGCCGGCUGUAAGCAGCCCCUAGUCCAGCCUGGCCAAGCUUAGUCUAGAGCACUCUAUGAGAUGCUGCCGCUGGAGGUGCUGUAUUCUGGGAUCCAGGAGCUUAGAAUCCAGUGGGGUUGGUGGGUCGGGGGUCAGGGGAAGGUUCCAGUUACACUUCUUCCUGAAGUGCUGACGAGAGUGAAGUGGGACAGGCCAAGGAAAGGUGGGGCUAGUGGCAUCCACAUACCCCCAAGUAGUUUGGGUAAUCCCAGUUGGUCCAGGCCACACCCCUGGCACAGCUGUUUAGACUGGGCUUUUUCUGUGAAAAUAAACGCAUCUGGAUGUCAGGGCCGGCAGAGACCUUGGCACCAUUGCACUUUAUGUUGGA